CAAAUCAACCUGCCUCUUCUUGACUUCAGCAAACAGCACCGGGGAGUUCGCCUAUAGGCGCAGAGACUGAGCUUCAUAUCGUGUUUUUUCUUCUCUGUUUCUCUUUUCGGUUAAGAGGAAGAGAACAGAGCCAGGGGGAAGGAAGCAGCGUCGGCAGGACAGACUCUCUCUCACCGUGGAGACAGAUAGCAGAAAAAUGCUGUCAUGGGGAGAGAAGCGGAGGGAGCCGACAGAGAGGAACAGGAUGAAAGCAGGCAGGGUCGAGCUGGACUGAAACGUGGAGGUGGUCUACAGAUGACGGCUGCAGGCACUGGCCAGCGCACAGCAAUGGAUGCCAUGUUUGACACUUUGAUACAGACAGCGCCUCUUUAACCCAGAGGGCAAAGAGACCGGCUCCAGUGAUGAUCCCUGUAUGUUUAACUCAACCUAAAUACACAUCUGCACACGUGGAUGGACCCCUCCAGCAACCAACAGUGUGGAUUCCCUUCCUUCUUCAUCAUUCCCUCUCAAGAACUCAGUGACAAAGUGUGGCGUCCCUCAGAGACACCUGUGAGAGCCCAGAAGUCAAGAAGCUUCCUCCAACUUAAGUGGUGUGAAUGAGAAAAUAAUAGUUGCUUUCACUUAGCUGGAUUUUCCAUUUUCAUACUCAGCAUCCCAGUUUCACACCAGCACCUCUGACACCAGAAAAAAAAAUUAACUGUCUGCAGCAGAAAGCUCCGGGGAGAAGAUUGUUAGAUUAGGUUUACAUUUCUCAGGCACCAUGCAGUCAGACGACCUUUUCAUUCGCAAGUUCCGCCGUCAGAACAUGCGCCCCCCCCUCGCCACCGUCAAUUUUGACCCCAAGCGGGAAGCGGGAGUGGUGGAGUGGCCCCCCAGGAGGCCCGGCGACGGCGCCGAUGCAGAUUGCAGCCUCACUCCGAGCCGCGUGGGGUUAAAUCUGCGAUCGGUGGGGCGGGGCCCGAUCAUGCAAAGAAGCAACAGCGAUGUAACCCUGGGGGACUUGGACUCCUCUGGGAAAACAGGAGGGAAAGUAAUCCGAGCAGUUGGUGAGAAAGUGGGUACGGGGCCUCAGGGAGACUCAGGGAUGCAUCUGCAUAGGGAGUACGGCAGCCUGUCGUCACUGGAGAGACAAUCUCAAGCCCAGGAGCCGGGUGGAGAGAACCAGGGGCCCCUGAGUCCGAGUGCUCUCCGAUUUAAAGACCCUUUUCUGCUUUUAGGAUUGGAGGGAAACCCUCCAGAGCCUGAUGGGUUCUUCAGAGACCUUCCCAGGCCUAUUGGAGACUCCCCAAAACCUGCCAAGCCGCCAAAGCCCGAAGGUCUUAAUAAAAAGUCGAAACCUUUGCCUCCUCAAAUCUCUCAACCUGGUCCGUACGAGCAGCUCGGAGGUGGAGCGUGGGUGAGGAACUUUGCCCACUACGACGUUCAGAGCAUCCUGUUCGACCUCACAGAGGUGGCCACAAACAGAGACAGCAUCGGACGGAAGAAGAACAUCACCUCAGGGGCUUCGGCCGCCUCCCAGCUCCGCCCCCUCGCCCAGUCCACACCCGCCUCACCAGCACAGGGAGGGGGAGGCAGCGGAGGAAACACGGAUGACCAGGAGCAGUCGCUGCUGCUAGAUGAAGGUGAUGGCAACGAUAAUGAGCUGCUCCUAAGCUGUCCACACUUCCGUAAUGAGACGGGAGGCGAGGAGCAGGUGGGCUUGGGCCGAUCGCCUGGCAGGAGGGAGCUCUGGUCAAGUCUGCGGACCCCUAAUGAUGCAGUGUCUGUCUUGGAGGAGCCCAGGGAGAGCAAUAUCCAGCUGCAGGGGAAGAGCAACUUCUUCAUUGAGCAUGCAGAUCUGGGAGCGCAUUACUAUCGCAAAUACUUCUACCUGAAAGAACACCAGAACUUCUUUGGGAUUGACGAUCGCCUCGGCCCAGUGGCUAUCAGCUUCCGCCGAGAUGAGAAAGAGGGAUCCAGUGGGGCUCAGUACAAUUACAGAAUCAUCUUCCGUACCACAGAGAUGAAGACACUGAGAGGCUCUAUCCUGGAAGAGUCUGUUCCCUCUGCAGCUCGUCACACAACCCCAAGGGGCCUGUCCCCCAAGAGGCUGCUGGAGUUCAUCAUGCCUGAGCUCAACCUGCACUGCCUCCGCUUGGCUUCCAACUCCCCAAAGGUCCGGGACACGCUGCUCAAGCUGGACGAACAGGGGCUGAACUUUCAGAGGAAGGUCGGAGUGAUGUACUGCCGCGCCGGACAGAGCUCCGAGGAGGACAUGUACAACAAUGAGAGCUCUGGGCCGGCAUUCGAGGAGUUUCUGGAUCUACUUGGGGAGCGUGUGCGGCUGAAGGGCUGGGAGAAAUACCGAGCUCAGCUGGACAACAAGACUGACUCCACUGGAACACAUUCCCUCUACACACGCUACCAGGACUAUGAGAUCAUGUUUCACGUUUCCACCAUGCUUCCCUAUACAGCCAACAACACACAGCAGCUGCUCAGGAAGCGACACAUAGGAAACGACAUCGUGACGAUCGUGUUCCAGGAGCCGGGCGCCCUCCCCUUCACCCCAAAGUCCAUCCGCUCACAUUUCCAGCACGUCUUCAUCAUCGUUCAGGUUCACGAGCCCGGCACUGAUCACACCUACUACAGAGUGGCCGUGACACGCUCCAAAGACAUCCCGUUAUUUGGCCCUCUGUUUCCCAAAGGCGCGCGGUUUCCCCGCGUGCCUGCCUUCAGAGACUUCCUCCUGGCGAAGGUAGUAAACGCUGAGAACGCUGCAGAGAAAUCAGAGAAGUUUCGCUCUAUGGCCACCCGCACUCGGCAGGAAUACCUGAAGGAUCUGGCAGAAAACUAUGUGACCACAACCCCUAUUGACUCCUCAACCAAGUUCCCCCUCCUCUCCCUUGGGAGCAAACGUAAAGACAAGAUGAAAGGCGCCAAAGGAGCUGAGCUGCACAGCGCUGGAGCUCUGGUGUGGGCGGUGAUGGUCAACAGCAGCGAUGACCCGGAGGCCGGGGAGCAGCAGAAGCUCCCCUGCUUGCUCGGUGUGUCUGCAGAGUCAGUGGUGCUAAUCGAAAGGUGCAGUCGCAGGGUGGUGUUUAACUGCUCCUGUCGAGACGUCAUCGGAUGGAAGGCGAUGACAGAAACAAAGGACGGGGGACCCUGUUUAGAUGUCUUCUAUGAGCGUGGGGACUCUGUAUCAAUUAGUAUGUUGGAGAGUCAGACGGAGGACAUGAAAGAAGUGGUACAAAGGCUGGAGCUGGUCACGCGGGGCUGCGAGGCACUGGAGGUCACUCCCCUGCGGGACGGAGUGGGGCAGCCCGGCUUCUUGAUGAACGAGGAGGGCUUUGUGACGGAUCUGCAGAGGUUCUGCUAUGCCGAGAGCGGAGGCCUGCAGCUCUGGGCUCGAGUGGUUAGGCUGUGCGGACAUUCCCUGCUUCACUUGAGCCCAGAGGAGAGAAGCAGGCUCCUUCGCACAGCACACAAGAUCCACAUCACCGUCAUCCCACCUGAUGAGAACGGCAAACCUCGCAGGAGUUUCUCGGAGCUUUACCAGAAAGCCAUCAAGGAUGCAGAAUGCAAGUCUGGCGAGGACCAGUCUGGACUGGCCUGGGUGGUGGAAGAGCGGGAAGAAGAAAAACCAGAACAGGAGCAGAAGACGGAGGACCAGGCGAAGGUGGACAAGGUCGAUGUGGAAGAGGUCACCGAGGAGGAGUUAAAGGUGGACCAGCUGUGUGACAUGCAGCCCAACCAGGAGAGUCACAGCCUGCUCCUCGAGCCGCCUACCUUACCCUUGUUGAGGGCUACAUCUCUCCAGGAUCAACCAGCCAAUCACAGCGAAGAGGUCAGCGUCUCCCAGCUCACCCGCAGUGUUUCUCUGGAGAAACAGCUGUCCUACACAGACACCUGUGAUGGACACGUGUACGGCAACACGAUGAUGAAGGAACAGCACCACAUAUACGAGAAUGUUGGGGAGCUGAGGGACGCCACGCCCGACCUGAUCCUGGCUGUAAAACCCAAAGUUCCUCCAGAGGAUGAGCAGUUCAUGGGCUUUGACCUUGAAGAGGACAAGGCUUCAGCGAGUGACUCAUCUUUCUCCUCUUGCCGGCUAUCGAGUGUAGACCGAGCUGAGAGAAAUUCCCGAGCCCUCAGUCUUCAUAACUCCAUUACCAAGAUUCUGUCUGAGACGACAGACUCGACAGAUGAGGAGUGGCAGUCAAUCUCCGACCUGGCGACAGCCUGUCGCAGCAUCCUGGAGGCUUUGUCCAAAGAAGACCGCAAAGCCGGGGAUUCCUCUCAAGGAGGAACUGAUCAGACAGACGGAAAACUGAAGGACUCAAAGGACAGCGACUCUCCAGGCCACCUCGAGGAGAAGGUGUCGCAGCUGGAGGCCAUGUUGAAGAAGCUGCAAGAUGACCUGCAAAAGGAGAAAGAGGACAAGGCGGUGCUGCAGGCCGAGGUGCAGAGCCUCAGGCAGAACAACCAGCGGCUGCAGGAGGAGUCGCAGAGCACAGUGGCCCGCCUCAUCAAAGUCACUGAGCUGCUGUGCAACGUCAACAAACCCUGUUAGGUCCCCUUGCUGCUUGACGAUGCAAAUCCUGCAGAGCGCCUCCAUGCUCAACGCCAUCUCUUGAUCAUGUAUUGAUAGCUGCAAAAGUUAAAACAUGCAGGCAAGCGUGGUCCUGCCUGCUGGAGAAGAAGUAUGCAAAAGAGAAAAAAAAAAAGUAGACUGACUUGCACAGGCUGCUGUAGAGAGCUCCUCUUGGAGUGUGUGCGUGUGUGUAUGUUUGCGUGUGUAUAUGCCCGUGUUCCUUGCUUCAAAUACUUGACAAGCUCUGCUAAGUAGCACUUACAUAAGAGGUUUUCAAUUAAGACAGAGAGACACUGUAUAGCAUGUUUAGUGGUGUCUAAUGGAAAAUUAACAAAAGUGUAUAAAACAUAGUAAGCAGUAUCAGCAGUAAUAUAAAUGAACAGUAGUAUUGCUUUGUUCUCUGGCAUACAUGUAGAGUGUGGUUUCUGUGUGGCACAGAUGGGAAGGUUGGCCUGAAAUUAAAAUAAAAGUAAAAACAACAGUUUUAAGUCUGCAGGCAGCCCUCUACUUAAAAAGAUUUAAAGACGCUUACUGACCUGACUGGACUAAGAGCGAGGUCUGUUAUGUAACAACAUCAUCCUCUAUCUUCACCUCUCAGUAGUACUGUAUGUAAGUAAUGUUUUUUUCUUUUUUUUUUAAAGAAAAGAUUAACAAAGGGACUUGGAAAAAAAAGGAAGGUUAAAAAAAAAUCAAACUGCUUGCUCUUCUGGGAUUUUCUUUUUUUUUAAAAGCAGCAUAAAGAGGAAACCCCAAAAAGGUUGCGAUACCUCUCCUUGAAGACUCAGACUCUGGCAGGAAUAAACAGCUUCAGCUUCCUUUCAUGACUGCCUGUAGCUGCUAAUCUUCUAACCUCACUACUGUAGCAGCCAUAACUGUAGAAGGUCUCCUCCUGCUGGCCUGAACGGCAGCUCUUAUUUUACAGCUAGGGCUUCACAGGGGGGAUGCAUUUAUGGUAUUUAACAAUAUUUGUUUCUGUUUGAUGGAUCUGACCAAUAGUGGUAAUUGCUUUAGAGUGACAGCAGUGGGUCAAAAUAUUCUUACCACCUUGAUUAGAGAUGCACCGAAAAAGAUGCACCGUGUGGUGAUUAAAGCAGUCAUAGUUUCAUUGAUCACCGCUUUACAGGUGAACGCUCAAUUAAAACCUCAGAUAUUGAGUCGUUUCCAAGCAGUAAACAUACAGAUCCAU